AUGAGUGACAACAGAAGAUCAUCUUCUGAGUAUUCUAAAUCAGGUACACGUAGAGAAAGCUCUGCGAUUGUACAGACAAAAUUCACCAAAGAAGAAAACUCCAGAGCACGUGGAAAAGUAUACUCAAUGAUUCUUUCUGACCCAUAUGCUAUUGCUGGCUUAUUGCCAACCCUUAUUUCCGGUGCUUUCCCAAUUAUUACUUUCUAUUUCCUUGGUAAUAUCAUUACAUUCAUGGGAGAAUAUACAAUGGGCUAUUCUGGAGAUCCAUUACAUAAGAUCUCAUUACAAUUAGCAUGGUUUUCUAUUGUAAUUUUCGUUGUUGCCGUAUUAAGAGCAAUAUCUUCAAUGUUUUGGAUCAGAGUUGGUGCAAGAGUAUCUACAAAGAUCAGAUCAGAAGUGUUCAGACAUAUAAUGACUUAUGAUGUCAAAUUUUACGAUACUCAUCCAAUUGGUGCUCUUCUUACAGUUCUUGGCGAAGAUACAUCAAUCAUUCAAGAAUGCUUUGGUACAACAAAGUGUCUUCAGAUCCAAUUGUUCGGUCAAUUCUUCAUUGGCUUAGUUUGA